AUGCGUGUUUGUACUUUACCUAUAACUAUUUAUUAUUUUAAGUUGUCAUUCUUCAAUUACCGUGUAGUAAGAGCUCGCGAUUUAGUUGUUCAUGUACCUCCACGAACAUAUGAAGAUUAUGCUCAUUAUAGAACUGAGGUUUUAAUUACUUUAUUAAAUUUAUUAGAUUUCAAGAUUUUUUAUGAUAACGACAUGAAACCAGGUUCUGCAUGGAAGAGAUGUGUAGGGGGAGAUGAAGACAAGGAUUGUGCAAAUAAAUAUGAGUAG